GUCAACAUCUCCAAAUCCCUCUCACGCCACUGCCAUUCAAUCUACCUGCUGCUUCAUACCCAUUACCAGAAAAAUGACAACAACAAUCACCAAGUUUGCUCACUUACAAAUCCCACUUGAAGACGUAGUAAAGGCCACCGACAAUUUUCAUCAUGAUAACAUCAUCGGACGCGGUGGAUUGGGACAUGUAUACAAAGGACAACUCCAGCGGUCCGGGGAGUUGAUCAAGAUUUCUGUGCUGAGGUUAGAUAGUAAGCACGGUGGAGGAAUCGUCGAGUUCUGGACCGAAGUUUCAAUGCUUUCUGAUCUCAAGCAUCCAAAUAUAGUCUCUAUUGUUGGAUUUUGUGAUGAAAAAGAUGAGAAGAUCAUCGUAACCAUGUAUGAGGCCAAAAACGGAAGUCUCAAGGAGCAUCUAAACAACCCGAACCUCACAUGGAUGCAAAGAUUGAAGAUAUGUGUUGGCGUGGCUCGCGCGUUGAGUUACCUCCAUUAUGACCAGAGCCGUGGUUAUGGUGUUAUACAUCUUAACAUCAACAGCUCGACAAUUUUAUUAAACGAGAACUGGGAACCCAAGUUAUCCGGUUUUAAAGUUUCCAUCAAACAAUCGCUUAACCGAAUGGACCAUGUCAUCCUUUCUGAACCUAUUGGCACAAUAGGGUAUUUGGACCCAUAAAUUGGAAAGACCAAAGGUGUGACCUGCAAGUCGGAUGUCUACGCAUUCGGUGUUGUUUUACUUGAAAUAUUGUGUGGGAGGAGAGCAUAUAUUAAGAACGAGGCUAACAUGUUCCUAGCUCGAUUUGCCAAGUAUCAUUAUGAGAACCGAACGUUGUAUGAUAUUAUCCAUCAUGAUCUAUGGAAUCAAAUAUUCCCGGGAUCACUUAGAAAAUACUUAAAAACCGCAUAUUCUUGCUUAAAAGAAGAUAGAGUACAACGCCCGAAUAUGCUCAAUGUUGUUGAUGAACUUGAGAAAGCACUUGAGGAAGCAUUGAGGUUUGAUGAACUUGAGAAACUUGAGAAAGCAUUGAAGUUUCAGUUGCGACAUGAUAUUUUUGUAAGACAAGCAUUGAACUUUCAGCUGCGACAUGAAUAUUUUGUGGAGUAGACGACCCCACUUAUUGCUAAACCUGAGAAAGCAUUGGAUCUUCGAUCAGCACAUGAAAUUCUAAAACGUGGUGGGCUGGACCAUUGUAAGCCAACCAAAAGUAAAACAAGGGCACAUGAAACAGAACCAAAGCAAAGCAGGGAUGGAUGUGUGCUUAACUCAAAUCCCGCUGGAACUUUCACUAUGGUGCGAAGAGGGUGGAAUUAGAUGGAUAUUAACUUCAUCCGAAGAGAUAUUAACUACUCAAUUUCAUUCAAUUCCGUUUGCAUUUUUCUGCCUUAGUUGUAACUCCCUUGUCACAUAUUUAAUUUGCAGGUGGGGAAGAACUUGGAACACUUGAAGAUUCCUCUCACUCUUAUUCAAUUAGCAACCCAUGAUUUCUCAAACGAAUACAGAAUUGCAAAGUUCUCGGGUGGCUGUGCUUUCUACAGAGCACUCGAGCAUUAUGAUAAAGAGAAUCCAUCAUCCAAGAGACUAUGCACUGUACUUAUCAAACAAUACCUUUCUGGUAGUAAGUGGUAUGGAGAGAAACAGUUUCUUACAGAAAUUGAAAUUCUUUCCGGUGGAGUUAAGCAUCCAACGUAGUCACUCUGCUUGGAUUUUGUGUUGAAGCUUCUGAGAUGAUCCUUAUCAUCGAAGAUUUUCCUAAUGAAUCCCUUUGUCAUUAUUUGGGAAACCUCAAAGACAAAUGUGUUUUGACUUGGGAAAAACGUUUGAAAAUCUGCAUCGAUGUUGCACACGCAUUGAAGUACAUUCACUAUGGGAUGGAAGACCGAACGAGGAUAAUAAACCGUUAUAUAAACUGCUACAACAUUGGGUUGGAUGAGAACUGGGGGGCAAAGAUUGUUCACUUCUGGUGGUCUGUAUUCCUGCCUCCAAAUCAAGAAGACGAAGCUCUCUAUCUCAAGUGGAUUGGCAGAACACGUUAUGUAGAUCCAGAAUAUAAGAAGACUAACAAGGUAAAAAGAGAAUCAGAUGUUUAUGGUUUUGGAGUAGUCUUGUUUGAGAUUCUUUGUGGGAGGUUAGCCCAUGACCCAAUUUACCUUAAGGAGAGUGACAUGGGGCUAGCCCAUGUAGCAAGACGAAGCUUCAGCACAGGAUCACUAGAAGAGAUGAUAGAUCCUAUAAUAAAGGAAGAAAUUGGUGAAAACGCUUUCGUUCUAAGUAGAGGACCCACCAAGGAUUCUUUGCACACGUUUAUUACAAUUGCACACCAAUGUGUGGCGGAAACUCAAGACCAACGCCCAACAAUGAAAGUCGUAGUCAAGGAACUUGAAAAAGCAUUAUUCUUUCAAAACAACAACAAGGAUAACCCCAAAAUGUCACUUGAAGACAUAAAACGGGUGACACAGAACUUUCACGAUGACAAUUUCAUCGGUGGGGGAGGAUUUGGAAAAGUUUAUAAAGGAAACCUUCAAGAUGGAGAUGGAUUUAAAACCAUUGUUGCUAAGCGAUUGGAUACAAGGUUUGGUCAAGGAGAACAACAAUUCUUUAGUGAGCUCCAAAUUCUUUUGGAUUAUAAACAUGAGAAUGUCAUUGGUCUUGUAGGCUACUGUGAUGAAAAUGAUGAAAAAGUCCUUAUCUAUGAGUAUUUGUCCAGGGGAAGUCUUAAUAGGUAUUUGAAUGAUACUUCUCUUACAUGGGUGAAACGACUUAAUAUAUGCAUUGAUGUUGCAAGAGCGUUGGAUUUCCUACACGGAGGAGUAGGAAAACAAGCAAAGGUGAUACAUAGGGAUAUCAAAACUGAAAACAUCCUGUUAAACAAUGAUUGGAAAGCAGAACUUGCUGAUUUUGGGCUUUCGCUAAUAUGUUCAAUAAAUCAGGAAACAGACUAUAUCAUCGAUCAUGUGUGUGGCACAAGAGGAUACGUGGACCCACUUUAUAGACAGUCGGGAUUUCUAACCAUAGAAUCCGAUAUUUACUCGUUUGGUGUUGUUUUAUUUGAGAUUUUGUGCGGGAGAUCAACGUUUGCAAUCCACAAACAUGAGGGUUACUAUAUACCGGAUUUCAUUAAAAACAGCUUUGAAGAAGGAAAGCAUGCUGAGGUGGUGUUCGAACAAAUAAGGGAACAAAUCGUGCCGAAAUCGUUGACUACAUUUCAAGAGAUUGCCUACCAAUGCCUACAUCUUGAACGAGAAAAAAGACCGACAACAAAAGAAGUUUUGGUAGAACUUAAGAAGGCAUUGGAAUUUCAAUUGAAUUCGGAGGUUUCCGUAAUUGAGACACAAGUAGUUGAGCUAUCCAGUGAAUUGAACGAUAUGAACAUGACUGGCAAAUCUGAAAAUUCAGAAAUACGUAACAAGGAAAAGAUGUUACUUGACCAAACCGAUGACUAAGUUGAAUCUGACUGUUGAAAGUAAAGACUCUCAGGAAGGCUGCUACACCUUGUCGGCUGAAUAUCUCAUAAACAAAUGCACGUAUAUGAAAAGGAGCUUAGUUGCAGGUACUUUUGGUUGGUGUGUAGGUGGGGUGGGUUGAAUAACAGAUUCAAACGGGUCUUGUUUCAUAUAGGUUCAAACUGGCAAGUGGAUUGAGUUGCACUGUUAUUUUUUAGCAUAUAACUUAAUUUGUUUGUAUAAAUGAAUGUCAUGUUGAUGCUUCUUUAGCUAUAAUAAAGGCAUCAAAUUUCGUUGUA